AUGACGGAGGCCUUUUGGAAGCCUGUUCUAGGGCACCUGCGGUCGCUAAAGGAACCGAGCUCAGGCUGCCACGGUAACAAGCUGGUAGUCAUGGGGGACGUGCAUGUGCCACCCGCCGUCAAGGACGUUCUCGAGAAGGGCCAAAAGUUUUGUGUCCAACCAAGGGUGCAGGCGCCAGACGCUGUCUCCUGGGUAAGAUUGUUGGCUAGACGGGUAGAGGAAGGCCAAUGUGACCGUUGCGUCCAGGAAGGUGUGGAUUUGCUCGAUAGGACCUCUGUACGGGAGGGUGUUAAGGUUGGUGUUGCGCCGGUUAUGGAUUUUUUCAAGAAUGCCAAUGUAGCCCUACUUCCAUCUGAUAAGGAGGGAGGAUUUGCGGUGAUGCCCAGGACGGCCUAUGAGGAAAGGAAGGCACGAGCGAUAGAUAAGAACUUUGUGGGUGUGAAGAGCACUGCUGUAAGAGAUGCGCGGAAAAGGAUGGUGGUUUUGUGUGAGGAACAAGAACUCAAGGUACUUUCAAACAGUAUGAAGAAGAGAACCCAGGUGGCUCUUGAAAUCUUUUUCUCCGCUAAGACACACAAGCCGGAGUGCCCCCUGCGUGCUAUUGUGUCGGAGAGAGGUACAUGGCAAGGUGUUGUUUCCCGAUUCCUGCAGCAGCAUCUCUCCUGCAUGGACCUUCCUGAUCCUUUUAUGGUGCGUAGUUCAGCGGAGGUGAUCGAUGUGGUUAAAGGCAUGGAGAAUGUGGGGGUCCGACUGAUGUCUAUUGACAUUGAAGAUUUGUACUACUCCAUACCGCACGAGCCGCUCUUCAGGGCUACUAGAGAUCGCAUUGAAGCAUACGGGAGGGUGAAAUUCCAGAACAGCUGCGGAACCACAGUUGAAGGCUUCUUGGAGUUGAUAAGGUGCUACCUGUCCUCGACCAUAGUGACUGACGGUUCGGACUCCUAUGUCCAGAGAAAGGGCAUUUGUAUCGGGUCGUCGGUGGCACCUGUGUUGAGUGACAAUUUUCUUACUGACCUUGAUGUACAAUUGUCCACAGUGUUGCCUAGCAUGGGGGUUAGGUCUGCUUUGCGGUAUGUGGACGACUAUUUGGUAGUGCUGUCGCUAGAGGCUUCUGAGGGGGUAGAUGUUGAUUUAGAUUUUGCUCGGCGCAUUAUGGAUGCUUUCCACCGUGGGGGUUCUGGCCUUAGGUUUACAUGCGAGGUAGCCGUCGAGGGGGUACUGAGAUUUUUAGAUCUUAGUUUGAGUGCCCAGAGAGAGCUUCUGUGUUGGUGCUACGCCCCGAGGUCUAGGAAGGCACUUCUACCCUAUGACUCGGCACACAGUAAGAUUGUGAAGCGUGGCAUUGUGAAGUCCUGCCUGGGGGCAGCUUUGCAGAAGUCGUGUUGUCAUAAGGUUGUAGAGGCGUACAAUCGCCAGUGUGAGCGGAUCCGGGAGGCUGGGUAUCCCCAGUGUGUUCUUAGAAGUGUCUGUGUGACUCUGUUGAGGGAGUGGAAGGGAAGUCCAGGAGAGAUGCAGGAUGAGGAGGGGCGGCGAGGGAGGUACAUGGUUAUGUCGUACAUUCAUGUGGUCUCCCAUAACCUGAAGAAGCUUGGUGACCGGUACGGUGUUCGAGUGCUUUUUUCCGCACCGUUUAAGCUCAAGAGCUUGUCGGCCAAAGUGAAUGGCCAAGAAAGGAGGCCUAGUAGGAGUAGUCUAUCGGAUCCCUCUCUCAUGCGGCAGAGUCUAUAUAGGGCAAUCUGGAAGGUGUGCCAAUGUCAGGUUGAUGGAGCACGCGGCAUCACUGAGUGGCACUCCGCGAGGACACCUCGCUGUACAUUGUAA